AUGUCGAGUCCCGCCGUAUCCGAGGAGACGUUCAAGGCUAUCGUCGGCAAGCUCGUCAAAACCCCGGAGUACUUCACCCCCGAAGACCUCGCGCUCGCGCUCGAGUGCGCCUUCACUCCCGAAGCGACCCACCCCGCCCAGCUUGGCUCCUUCCUCACCGCGAUGCACAUCGAGCGCGUCGAGCGCCGCCCGGAGUUCCUGGCUGCCGCCGCGAACGUCCUCCGCGCCCGCGCGCUCAAGUGCGCCGUCGAGGGCAUCGACGACGAUUUUGUCGUCGACAUCGUCGGUACUGGCGGGGACGGCCACAACACCUUCAAUGUCAGCACGACUGCGGCGAUCGUGGCGGCCGGAGCCGGCGCGCGUGUCGUAAAGCAUGGCUCUCGUGCGUCGACCUCGUCGUCAGGUUCGGCGGACCUCCUUCAAGCCCUUGGCUGCUACUUCACCCCUCCAACCGCCAAUUCCCCGAUGACCAUCGCGAAGAUUCCGUUCGCAUUCAUCCUCGCGCCACAAUACCAUCCCUCCCUCGCGAUGAUUGCCCCCAUUCGCAAGGCUCUCCCGCACCGCACCAUGUUCAACGUGCUCGGUCCGCUCAUCAACCCAGCGAACCCGCGGGGGAUGGUGCUUGGCGUCGCGGAGCGGGAGCUCGGCCCCACCUUCGCGCGCUCGCUCGUCGACGGCGGCGUCCGCCGCGCGUUCGUCGUCUGCGGCGCCGAGGGCCUCGACGAGAUCUCCUGCGCCGGCGACACCUACGCGUGGGAGCUCCGCCCGGACGGCUCCGUCACCGAGCACGUCCUCCACCCACGCGACUUCGGGCUCGCGGCGCACCCGCUCUCCGAGGUCAAGGGCGGCACCCCGCAGGAGAACGCGGAGACGUUCAAGCUCCUCCUCCAGAGCGGCGACGGGAUCCCGGAGCGGCUCACGCCCAUCCUCGAUUUCGUGCUCCUCAACGCGGCCGCGCUCCUCGUCGUCGCGGGCAUCGGGUCGGACCUGAAGGAUGGCGUGGCGAAGGCGAGGGAGAGCGUCACCUCUGGCAAGGCGUGGAACGCGCUCGAGCAGUUCCGCGAUGCUGGGCUGGCACAGAAGUAG